AUGUCUCCCUUCGUGGCAGUGGCUGCUGCUGGUUCCAUUCCCACCAAUGGUCAGGUGCUACCUGAACAACCAGACUACUUGAGUGUUCUGGAUGAUGAGGGCAGUAACCUGCGACAACAGAAGCUUGACAGACAGCGCGCAUUACUGGAACAGAAGCAAAAGAAAAAGCGGCAGGAGCCUCUAAUGGUCCAGUCAAAUGUCGACAGUCGAUCACGGACUCGGCGAAUGAAGCAAUCAGAAGAGCAGGCCCCUCUGGUUGAAUCUUACCUUAACAGUAACAGCAGUACCAUUUACCAUGGGAUUGAUGGUCCUGCUGCCUUUCAGGAUGAAGCUCAGGAGGUUGGAAGUCAAAUUCAGAUUCUCACUGUUGGACAGUCCAGCAAUGACGGAGAGGUUGAUACAGACACUGCAGCCAGUGUGCAACAAACAAUAAAGCAGGAUCUUCGAGUAACAAUGCAGAAAAAGGGUAUUUCUAGCAGUAUGAACUUUGAUGAGGAAGAAGAUGAAGAAGAUGAAGACAGCUCUAGCUCUUCUCAGUUGAACAGUAACACCAGGCCUGGAUCAGCUUCCAGUAAAAAAUCUAAUAAAGAAGCUGCCUCAGUCUCUACUCCUCCGGGAACUGAUGCUCUAAUAGAUGUGGAUGACCUUGAGGAGUUUGCUGUGAGACCUGCUCCACAAGGAGCCACCAUUAAAUGCCGAAUCACAAGAGAUAAGAAGGGAAUGGACCGUGGAAUGUAUCCUACCUACUACCUCCACCUGGAAAGGGAUGAUGGGAAAAAGGUGUUCUUAUUAGCAGGAAGAAAGCGAAAGAAGAGCAAAACAUCAAAUUACCUCAUCUCUAUAGACCCUACUGACCUAUCACGUGGUGGCGAGAGCUUUAUUGGCAAACUCAGAUCAAAUCUAAUGGGCACCAAGUUUACAGUCUAUGAUAAUGGAGUGAAUCCGGAAAAAGGAAGUUCAAGCCUAGAUGCAAGUAACUUACGCCAAGAACUGGCAGCUGUUUGCUAUGAAACAAAUGUUCUGGGUUUCAAAGGACCUCGGAAAAUGAGUGUAAUCAUUCCUGGCAUGAACAUGGAUCAUGAAAGAGUGUCCAUCCGGCCUCGCAAUGAACAUGAAACUUUGCUGGCAGGAUGGCAGAACAAAAACACAGAGAGUGUAAUUGAGCUACACAACAAAACUCCAGUAUGGAACGAUGACACUCAAUCCUACGUCCUUAAUUUCCACGGCCGAGUUACACAGGCUUCUGUGAAGAAUUUCCAAAUUAUUCAUGACAAUGACCCGGAUUAUAUAGUGAUGCAGUUUGGCCGUGUGGCUGAAGACAUCUUUACCAUGGACUACAACUACCCAAUGUGUGCAUUGCAAGCAUUUGCGAUUGCUCUCUCAAGCUUCGAUAGUAAACUAGCUUGUGAAUAAUUGGAACAAUGGAAGUGUCAUACCGAAGGAGCAACAUGUGUUUGAAGGACAAGCUUGCUUUUUUUGCUUUGACAUAUUGGUUGCAGAUCAUAAGACAUAAUUCAUCGCACAUUUUGUUGUAAGUUUACAGGAUGAUUAAAAUCGCAUCAGGGUUCUAAAUCCAGUGUAGGACCCAUUUUAAAUAUUUUAAUGAGGCUUGUGCCUGUUUUGUUUUUUUUUUAAAACGGGCAUAGUUCUUUGCAUGGUCCGUAAGGCAUCACUGUCGCGGUAAUUUUGUGUGGACCUU